CGCGUCUGCCUGCAUCCAUCUGAUUCGCCCGACGACGAAGGGCGUCUAGAGCAAUCCUCACAACGACAAGCAAAACAGUGAACUAUGUCAGAUCCACCGGCAAAACCCAAGCCAGGAUCUCUUCGUGAUCGUAUCGCUGCUUUCGAGAAACCUUCUUCCUCAACGCCCUCGGCAGCACCCCCACCGCCUCGACCCAAACCUGGGGGAAUAUCAUGGAAGCCCAAUCAACCAUCACCGCCAUCCACGCCAUCUGCUGGAGCUGGGGUUGGAGAUGGAGAGAAGAAAAUUGGAGGGAUGUCUGCGUCUGAUGCUAGGCAGACGAUUGGUGUAGGCGGGAGCUUGAAGGCGCGUAUGGCUGCGUUGCAGAAUAAAGGUGGAUUCGGUCCGGCUGCGACCUCACCGCCACCUCCCGUAUCGCCCAAGCCUUCAGUAGAGAAGCCGAAGUGGAAGCCUCUGCCAGCGCCAGUCACAUUACCAGACGACGUUGAGGAUGAAGAGAAGAAGGAGAACAACGAGGCGGGAGAGUCUACAGAAGAUAAAUCGAGCUUCAAGUCGCCCAUUGAGGAAGAAAGUGUACAGCCAGAAUCAGAAUCGCAGGAGAAAGACUCGACCGCAGAAGAACCACCAGCUGAGGAUGCUGACGUCGAUCCAGAGGAAGAGGAAAGACGACGCAGAGCGGCUCUUGCAGCCCGUAUGGCUCGACUAGGCGGCGCUAGAGUUGGAAUGGGACCGCCUGUUUUUGGAAAACCGACGAUGAAGAAGAAGGAAACGCCUAAGGAAGAUGAUCCUCCUAAGGUUGCCCAGGUUGUAUCCGUCUCGCCUCAUCAGGCAGAGGAAGAUAUUAGUGAAAGCAAAGACCUAUUAUUCAAGGAGGAACAUCUGAUUAACGAGCGCGAGGGCGUCAAAUCUCCGCCUGCUGCAACAGUUACAACUGGCAAGUCUGAAGAAAAAGAAGACCAAACAGUCGUAUCACCAGAUAGUACAUCAGUCAAAUCGCAAGAAAGUAUCCCAGUUAAAUCACCCGAUUCUUCUUCCCUCCUUUCACCUGAACCGCCCUCAUCUACUGGAUCAACCCCUUCCCCGCGUAACCCAAAUGCCAUGCCCAUGUCUUCGAUACCGCGAAGAACGGCCCCGCCUAGAAGGAGAGCCAAAUCACCCGUCCCUCUCCCUCCGGACUCGGAGCCCGAGCCCGAAAUGAAGGAGGAGGAGGCGAAGGUACAGGAAGAGGAUUUCCCGAACGAUGAUGAGAAGAUUGUACAAGAAGAACCAGACGAGAAAGUUAGUGCAGAAGCGGAAAAUGAAACCGAAUCGAAGGGCAAACCAGAAAUUGUGGCACCUCCUUCACGAAAAACAUCUGUAGGAGAAACAUCUUCCGCUCCUCCCGAUGGGCUGACUCCUGCUUCAUUUUCGACCCCGCAAACCGGGGCUACACAUGGCGGGGAUGUUUCUGAGGAGUCCGUGUCGAAGUCCUUUAAGGAGCAAGAGAUCAUUCCAGAAAGGGAGGAUGAAGGCGAAACUGUCUCCAAACUGGAGGUAGAGAACCAUGAAGGCGCACCAGAAGCUGAGGAUGAUCCAGAAACACGCAAACGGAGGAUCGCCGAAAGGCUUGCUAAGAUGGGUGGCGUCAACCCGUUUGCUCCUCGUCCUCCGCAGAGAAGAUCUUCUGGAGCUCCAGAUGUACAAGCUCCUGUGCGGAGGGCUUCCGUGGAUUCACAAGAGGGAACAGACCGACGGAAAAACAUUGAAUCAGGGCCUUUCAGGAAGGCAUCUGUCGACUCUCAGAAUGUACCAGCGAGACAAGGCAGCAUUGGCUCAGUCCUCUCAGGGCAGAAGAGCGAUGACGCAGAAGCAGAGGCAGAUGACAUCCUGAACUACGAACCUGAAUAUGAGCGGUCAGAUAUCGGUGACGAGAUCCAGGUUGUAGAUUCCCACGAAAAUGACGUUCUUCACGACCGUAGUGAACAUGAGCGACAAGAAGAUGACGAGAAGCCACCCAUGGCGAACCUUGAAACUAAACCUGCUCCUAUGUUCACUCCUACUCCACCUGUCGACGAACCCGAGAAGAACCCUGAAAUUGAGGAAGACCUUCCACCUCCACCCCCACCUCCACGCCAUAUUUCCUCUCACAAUGAGAAAUCGCCUCUUGAAUCUUCGACUUCUCCCCAUUCACACCACCCUACUCAAGAUAAAGAAGAGAUUAUGAGUUCUCCUGCUUCCCCUUCCUCCCGACAUAUUCCCCUACCAGCUCGAGAUACAGUAUCCCCUCCGCCACGACGAGAACAGGAAGCGAGUUCUCUUCCCUCACCUCCUGCAACCAGACGGUCUAUCCCACCUCCAGCUCGUAUAAUCCCCCAUACUCCCGAAGAGGAACGGAGAGGCGAACCACUGAGCGAAGCGGAGGAGCUCCCAGUUCCUCCUCACGCACCCUCUUCCCCACCUCCUCGAAGGUUACCUCCCCGACAGGUUCUAGAUGACGAUGACGGGAAUGCUAGCGAUGCAUCUGCUGCCCCACUACCAAUCCCUCAUCCUCAGCGCAAGUCAUUUUCACUCAUGAAGUCAACUAUGAGUGAUAGCGGCGCGGAGGAGAGUGAGAGGGAACAUGAUGAGGAUGUCAAACCUGCGAGGAUUGUUCCACCUCCUCUCUUGCCGCUACCGCCCUCCGUGCCGUCUACGUCUCGCCCAAGUAGAAUGGUCCCCCCGCCACCACCGCCGCCAUCUGCUGUAGAACCCCAACCGGACUUUUAUGGCGAUGAAGAGGAGGAAGAGGAGGAAGAAGAAGAAGAAGAAGAAAGACGACCGAUAUUGCCUACACCUCCUCCACGACACACACAACCCGCUUCUGCUGUCCAAGAUAAAAAUGACGAUGCACCUUUAGUCAUUCCACCACCUAAACGCAGCUCUACUUUGAGAAGUUCUAUAUCUCAUGUUUCCGCUCAAACGCAACCCGCUCCAACAGUUGCGACACCUGCGGUUUCUGUUUUGGAUCAUGAUGGAGGACAAGAAAUUUUGGAUGAGGAGGAAGGUGACCCUAUUGAUCCAUCAUUCCACAGCCCCAGUAGGCGGACAUCCACGGUGAACUUACGUGGAGACGCGCAAUUAGAACAACCAGAACUACAACGAGAGCCUGAGCCUGAAGAGGAUGAGGAACAAACUCGGAGGCGGACUAUUGCCGAACGAAUGGCGAGACUGGGUGGUAUCAAGUUCGGUGCCGCACCACCGAUCCCUAUGGGUCGGCCAACCCCACCUAGGAGAGAACAAUCUGUUGACGAAGAGCAACAACAACCUUACAAUAAUGAUGACGAGGAAAGUCCCCAGUUGACUGAGGAGGAGGAGGAACGGGCGAGGAAGGAAAGGAUCGCCUCGAAGCUGGCUAGUAUGGGUGGAAUGAGGUUUGGUAUGAUGCCGGGAAUGGUUCCCCCCAGAGCGCCAGUGCCACCUUCGAAACCAGCAGAAACCUCAUCACCUUCCUCUGCUACCACACCUCCUACCCCACAUGCACCUUCUUCCUCUCACCCCAAUCAUCCACCUCCACCCCAACGUGCGCUUCCUCCCCGUCGAGUUGCGCCACCCCCUCAAGAUAUAGAGUCUGAUAAUGGUGGCAGCCAGGGUACCUCGGAAGAUGGUGUCAAGGUUGAAGCGGAAGAGAGUGAAAUGGAGGAAGUUGGUUACGAGGAUGCCCAAGAAGAAGCUGUCGAGAUCGAAGUCCCUCCACCUCCUGUGCCCACUCGUGAAGGUCGUCGUGCAUCGGCACAACUAACACGGGGUACAACUCAAUCUCCUCCGACUCGACCAGCUGUACCACAUCCCAUUCGAAGACCGAGUGUACCCCAGACCACCCAGCAAAGGAAAUCGUCCGUCGAUACGAUACCUUCACUUCCACCUCCAAAGGUACCUCAGUCUGAAUCGUAUGUCAUGGUGGAAGAACCGGAAGGACUCGAUGCAGACGAUCAGUUUCCCCCUCCUCCUCCAGCUCGACCUACCGGUCGUCCACCUCCGACCAGAGGAGCACCACCUCCGCCGCCCGCACCUAUCCCUGUUCCCACAGGAGACAUGUCCGAGAGUAUGACAUGGGAGCUGCCAGAUUUUAACAACACACAAGCCGAUCUCUCGCUUUCGUUCGACGACAUAGGAGAUUCUCCCACUGUACCACCUCCAGCUCCACCAAAAUCACCAAAGUUGACCAAAGCACCCCCUCAGGACCUAUCAUCAGAAGACCUCAUGUCCAUUUGGGGUCGGGUUGGUGUUCAGAUAUGCGAAGUAGCGACUGGUCUACACGACAGAUCCAAACGUGCGCUUAUCGGUGACGGUACAUACCAUGGAUUCGUCGAAGCUACCCUUCGAGAGGUACCGAAUGCCAGUUCUGUCUCUUCAGGUUCGUAUGGAUACUUGAUCUACAUGCAAUCCGGUAGUUCUGUGCAGAAAAGGGCCAGCGAGAUUUUACCGGGCGAUGUUUUGUGGCUACAGGAUGCAAAGCUGAAGGGGCAUAAGGGUAUCCAGACGUACAACCAGCAUGUGGGUGCGGAGGAGCCUUGUGUAGGGAUUGUGAGCGAAUUUGAGGCGAAGAAGUUCAAGAUUAGGGUAUUCCAGGCGAAUCAGCAUGUCGGUCAACAGACCGUGGAAUCGGUCAGCUACAGACUUGAAGAUCUGAAGAGUGGGGUCGUGAAGGUUUUCCGAGUAUUGGAAGCAUGAUAGUUGAAUCGUCCCCUUUGUGUUUAUAUCCCUUGAUCAUUGAAUCUAAGCAUCCCUCAGUCGUUGUAUUUUUACAUCUUUACUGUUCGCCUCGGGGCAACAAGCCCCCUCUCGGAAACCUCGUUUACAUAGAGACGUUCCCUAGCCCUAUGUGGUAAAACAGAGUUUCUACAGCCAUUGUACAUACAGUCAUCGCAUUUACUAGUGUAUCUACUUUCCGACAC